AUGAUCCAGACACGCCCAAAAAGAAUAAAAAGAAGAGGAAGCGUCAGUCCUCGACACCGGAGCCCGGACCACGGCGGUUUAUCUCUGGAGACCACGAGCCCAUUAAGCGACGCGGCCUCUAGCCAUCAGAUGCCGGCAGCCUUCGGACAGAAAUCUGUGGAUGAGGCGAGGGCGAGGGAGGUAGCUGCGCGGAUGGGCUUGUCUCCCUCAAGCUCCCGCACAAGCAGUCCGUCACCACCGUUGCCCGGCAGCAGCCGCUUCAGGGUGGACGAGUUGGAGAUGCGGCGAGGUCCAAUUGACACUGCCUCCAAGAAGAAGCCGAAGAAGAAGAAGAGCAAAGCCCCGGGCUUCGACGUGACGAAGCACCCAGGCGAAGAAAAGAGCACCAUGCUCGACUUCAUGCAGCGUUUGAAGCACGCGACACGGGGCGAGAACACUCUCGAGAAGAUGGGGGUUUGCUUUCACACCGUGCAGGUGAAGGAGGGCCCCCUUUGUUUCAACCAGUCCACAGUGACCGUCACAGCUGAAGACAGAAACGGAGUUCCACAUGUAUGGAGCGGGCAGGAGUUCAGGGGCGAGGUGGCACAGAAGAAGCUGGCCGCAGAGCAUGCGGCCUGCAGAGCGUUUUUUGCAGAUGCUGCAGUUCAAGAAACUGCUGCAAACAUGGAGCCGGCUUAUGAUUACAAGCGAAAACUUUCGGAGAAGCAGAAGCAAAGGAUGCCGUUGUGGAAAGAAAUCCGCCGUGCCAAGAGGCGGGCUGCAGCAGCUGCGGAGAGAAAAAGACGCCCUUGCAUCUGCCGGCAUGGAACCCUUUUCGGGACUGCAGUUUCCAGUUGCCUUCAGAAGGUCUUGGUUUAG